UUAGGCAAGGCACCUGUUAGUUGAGCUUCGGACCGUCAGACGUGCCUCUGAGAGGGCCUCUCGUCGGAUUAGAUCACAUCGCGACCAACGAACACGAUGUCAAGCCGAAGACGAUGGCGACCACCACUGUCUCUUCAGACGUUGAUUUCACUUGUGGCGGCUCCCUCCGAUGCUAAUUCUUCAGUCCACACACCCAAAAGAAUCUCCAAUUCCUGAGGAACACAGAAGAGCUCGACGAAAUGCGGGCCAUUUCCUUGGCGCUCUCAGUCUCAUCGACUUCUUCUUCUCACUCCACCGCUUCCCUCACGCCAUCUUCUUCCAGAAACUUCACUCACAACAGAUCUUGCUUUGCUCAUGGCGUCUCUUUACUUCCUCUCCCCAAAUUGGACUCAGGUGCUGGAGUUUGUAAAGCUAGUCAAGUUUUUGACUUAUUUCCAACUGUAUCUCCUGAGGUAACGGUUCGAGAGGCAAGAAUAGAGGACUGUUGGGAAGUUGCAGAGACUCAUUGCAGCUCCUUCUUCCCGGGAUACUCCUUCCCUUUGGAUUUUGUGCUGAGGGUUGAUAGGCUUGUAGCAAUGUUAUCUGGAUUGUCUGUUCCAAAUGGUUGCAGGAGGAUUUGUUUGGUUGCUGUGAUUGGUGGCUCAGUGAAUGAUGAAUUCCUUAUUGGACCUGAAGAUUUUAAGAUUGGGGGAUUUGAUGGCAAGGUUAGUCUCAACAAGGGCUAUGUUGCUGGAAUCUUGACCGUCGAUACCGUCGCCGAUUUCCUACCGAGAAAAGGACCGUUGCGGCAACGGAGGACGGGGAUUGCAUACGUAUCAAAUGUAGCAGUUCGUGAGCGGUUCCGACGCAAGGGAAUAGCCAAAAAGCUAAUAGUUAAGGCAGAGACUGAAGCCAGGAACUGGGGGUGCCGGGCGAUCGCAUUGCAUUGUGAUACAAAUAACCCAGGGGCUACAAAGCUGUACAGAGGUCAGGGUUACAAAUGCAUCAAAGUACCAGAAGGAGCAAACUGGCCUCAGCCAAAGACCUCUCCAGACAUCAACUACAGCUUCAUGAUGAAGCUUCUGAAGAACCAUCCUGCCCCAAUUUAGAACUUCAGACGACAUUUCAACCAUUAUUUAAAGAUGAAAAUGAUGGAGGGAGCAAAAGAAACUAUCAUUUCUGAACAAAGCAGAAAAGGUAGGAGAUUUUAGAACAGCUUGUAUAGAUGAGUAGAAGGAAAACAGAAUUGGGUUAGCUUCUUGUAUUGUAUUGUAUUGUAUCAUGGUGCUCAUUGUUCCCUUUGUAAACAUGUUGAAGAAAGUUUGUUUGUAUGAUUAAUACCAUCAUGUGGAAUUAUUCUACGAUCUUUUGAUAA